AUGGUGAAGGAGAUCGGGGACUCGUUACAAAUGCGAUUUAGAGAAAGAGACGUUCCCCUUAAUCAAUCUCCGUCUUGGUUUGCCGGCUUUUGCCCGGCGGUCAGAUACUCGAGAAACAUCCACCAACCGGAAUUCCUGAUCCCGAGGCGGGUGCACGAGGACGGGACGUUCUACUCGUACGAGCUGCCCAACUUCUACGACCGGCACGAGGUGAGCCAGCGUAAGAAGAGAUCGAUCGAGGAUGGGGGGAAGCAGGAGUCCGUAGACAACAUGGACAAAUUGCACCUGGUGCUCCCGUUCAACGGGAUCGAGCACCACGUCGAGCUCACCCCGUACCACGAGUUCAUCUCGCCCGAGAUGGUGAUCGAGACGAGGGGCGCCGGGCUUCGAACGGAUCUGGACAAGGCGUUGCGAUUCAAGAGGGCGCCCGAUCAGCAGUGCCAUUACAGGGGAUUCGUUAGGGGCCACGACACCUCGAGGGCGGCUAUUUCUCUCUGUGACGGUGUGGUCGGUUACGUGCAAACUGAUCAUGGCCGGUAUUUCAUCGAGCCGGCUAUCGAGACGGAACCUAAGGAAGACGGACAACACGUGCACAUCGCGUACAAGCGGGGCCCCACAACGAAGGACGAAGUUCCCAAGAAGAAACAUUGCGGAACCAGCGACAAGUGGGAGGAGGAGUGGGCGAAGCAGUUGGCCAGGCGGGAGAAGGAGAUCAUGGAGGAGGGGGAGAGGAAGAAACGGAAGGAAGCGAAGGAGCCACCGUACGGGCACAGCAUUCACCGUUAUAUGGAGAUCGCCGUGGUCGCGGACAGAAAGUUUCUCGACUUUUACAACAGCAGCAAUUUCGAGCAGUAUCUGUUGACAAUCAUGAACAUAGCCGCCGAUUAUUAUCACGACAAAAGUGUGGGGAAUCAGAUUGAUCUGGUUAUAGUUCGAAUGAUAUAUUUGGAGAAGGAAAAGGAGGAGAUAGAUUUGUCCAUUAGUCCCAACGCCGAAGAUACAUUGGCCAGCUUCGCUGCCUGGGCCGACAAGUUGAAUCCCGAGGAUACAGAUCAUCCGAAUCACUUCGACAUAGGUGUCCUCGUCACGAGAUACGACAUCUGCUCGGACAACUUGACGAACUGCGACUUGCUGGGCCUCGCCUAUCUCGCGACCGCCUGCGACAGAAAGAAGGCGGCCGCCAUUUGCGAAGACACCGGGCUGAAUCUUGGGAUCACAGUUGCCCACGAAGUUGGUCACGUGAUGGGUUGUUCCCACGACACGAUGGAGAUCAGUGGAUGCGAGCCGCAGGACAAGGACGAAAGUUACUUCAUCAUGUCGCCGUACGUGAAUCCGUUCACGCUCAGAUGGUCACCCUGUAGCAGAAGAUUCAUCACAAAUCUGAUCGAGGGAAAGUUGGGCGACUGCCUGAUCGACGACCCGAAAAAUCCACCCGACAAGUUCAAGCUUCCUGAUAUGCUGGCCGGCGCGAUGUACGGCGCCGAUUUCCAAUGCGACAUGCAAUAUCCUGGCUCCAAGAUGUGCACAUCUCACGCGACAAAAAUGUGCGAGCAGCUGUGGUGCCAAGUGAACGAAACCACUUGCAUGAGCAACGGGGCACAGAGCGCGGAUGGAACGAAAUGCGGCGAGAAAAAGUGGUGCAUACACAAGCUAUGCGUGGACAUGGGCGCCCGGCCUGCUGCCGUCCACGGAGGUUGGGGGAAAUGGGGCCCGAUGAGCGCUUGCAGCAGAACGUGCGGUGGCGGAUUGAAGUACGCGGAGCGGGAAUGCGACAAUCCGCAACCCGCCAACAAAGGGAAAUAUUGCAUCGGGGAGAGGAAGAAAUUGACCAUUUGCAACACCAAUCCCUGCGACCCGAAGAGACCCUCGUAUCGAAUGAUGCAAUGCGCAUCGUACAACGACAAAAUGCCGUUGUCCGACAAUAAACUGCACAAUUGGACGGCCCAUAUGUCGAAGAAUCUGGAUCCGUGUAUACUGUACUGUCUCAACGAGGAGAAUAGUUUCGUGAUACUUCAGAAAAUGGUGAACGACUCAACGCCCUGUAAAGCUGGCACGAACAACAUGUGCGUCGCUGGUUUGUGCAGGAAAGUCGGUUGCGAUUGGGUGUUCGACUCGGACGCCAUUGAAGACAAGUGUGGGGUCUGUAAAGGCGAUGGUACGAAGUGCAAACCAGUGGAAGGCGUGUACAACGAAACGAAAAUAACCAGUCAGAUAAUGAAGAUAGUCACUAUUCCUAAAGGUGCUCGGAGUAUAAGCGUGAAAGAAAUGGGUCCUCAUCCGAACUAUUUGGCAGUAAAAGUCUCCAAUACGAAUAAUUAUUGUUUAAACAAAGAUUUCGUCAUAGAGAGAGCCGGCGAUUACGAAUGCGCGAACAGCAUUCUUAUGUACAUAAGACCUGAUAAAAAUCUGGAGGAAAUUUUCAUAAAAGGACCGAUCAGCGAGGAUCUUGAAUUUCAGUAUUUAAUGCUGCAAGGUAAAAUUUUGGGGGUUCAUUACUUGUAUUACGUGAUGACGACCGAUACCACGUACAAGCCUAAAUAUCUUUGGGAUUUCACUGAAUGGUCCGAAUGCAGCGUCAGAUGCGCAGGUGGAACCAUGAUUUCGCAGCCAACGUGCAUAGAACAAUACGGAGGAAAGGUGGUGUCAAGCUUUUGCAACGGCAUACCACGGCCAGAGCCGAAAACUCGAGUGUGCAACACGCAUGCGUGUCCCGCCAAGUGGCGCGUGAGUCAGUGGAGCAAGUGCAGCGCCUGCGACGGAAAGAAAGGAACCAGGCAUCGAAAGGUACAGUGUGUGCGACCCGCUCCGAUCGCGGGCCAAGAUGAUAUUCAAGCGAAUCUGGACGCGUGCAAAGGUCGCGUGCCCAAACAGAAAGAGGAAUGCGUAGGCAAGAGGCCGUGCAAGAAGCUGUGCGCGAAGAAACCUCGGGACACGGAGCUGGCCGCCAAGGAGAAGAAGCAGACGAUUCUUCCCGCCGAGGAGCAGGGCCGAUUGAUCGAUAAAGCGGUGGACCUGAGUUUGGCUCGAUACCUCGAGAGGGCGUACGGCGUUCCGCGCGAGAUAAGCGAGUUGGAGAGCGGGAUCGGGAUAGCCGACUUCCGCCAGCUGCUACGCGAGUGGUCGCUCGCCGAGGAGGGGAAGAGGAAGCGCGCGACGUCGUGCGUGAACGACUUCCCCACACCGAAGCCGGGCGCGAUCAUCAAGGACGCGCUACCCGUGGAGAAAGUGAUGGUGAUGCAGGCGCCCCUAAUCGUCGAGGACCUGCAGGCGAAUCUGUCGGACCUCGCUUACCAGCAGAUAGGCGACAUGAGCAUCGGAGGCGGCCUCGACACCUCCCGCAUCAAGGUGUUCAACGGGACCCAGGCGUACAAAGUGAUGGAGGAGAUGGAGGGUAUAACGCGGCCACCCGACUUCAAGCCGUGGAAGAAUUCCACCCUCAACUCGAGUUCGUGAAACGCGAAUAGAAAUCGCGGGAAAUAGAGAG